GUAACAGGAACGAGGCAACCCCAAUCUGCUACGACCAAUCCAUGGCGACCGAGCCUCUUCGCACCACCGCAACCCCAGCAAUUCACGCGGCGGCGCUGGCAAAAGAGAAACGACCCCGUUCCAUCUUCGACGUCGGGGCCGACUUCUUCGACUCCUGCGAGCUCCUUCAUUCUUCUGGCCUCUCUAGUGCCCCAACCACCGAGGCCUCCAAUUACAAUUCCGCCGUCGAAACCCUAGACGACUUCGAUCCAGAGUGCAAUGAACAAAACCCCUCCCAAAACGUCGUCGUAGCAGGACCCCGGUGGACCUGCAACACUUGCAAGGCCGAGUUCGAUUCCCUCCAAGACCAGCGCUCGCACUUCAAAUCCGACAUUCACCGAUUCAACGUGAAGUUAAGUGUUGCUGGAAAGAGUAUUGUGAAGGAGGAUGACUUUGAUGAGUUAACAUCCGAUUCUUUUAAAGACUUUGAUGUCUCAAGUAUAUCGGGGUCAGAUGAAGAUGAACCUGAAAGGGGAGUUCGCUCUUUGAAGUUUUCAAGGGAAAAUAUCAGGCAGAAGUUAUUCUUCCACCUUCCGACUGGUGAGAGGGUUUCGGUUUGGAAGUGUUUAGUUACAAAUGAUUCUGGACCUGAAGGUACUUUGUCAGACGAGGAAGUGAGAGAGAGAUUGAAAACGUUGGUUCAUGAACCUAGGGAUAAGACCCGUUUAAGAAUCGUGUUGCUUGCAAGUGGUGGGCACUUUGCCAGUUGUGUCUUUGAUGGUAACUUGGUUGUGGAUCACAAGACCUUCCACAGAUAUGUUGUAAGGGGCAAGGCUGGAAAAAAACAGUCAUCCAAAGAUGCAGGUGGCAGGUUUGCUCAUUCUGCCGGAGCUUCUAUGCGUCGCUAUAAUGAACUUGCUUUGAAAAAGGAAAUUCAAGAGCUGCUUGCUGCUUGGAAGCAAUACUUUGAUUCUUCCUCUUGCGUUUUUGUUUAUGCUCCUUCUAGCAAUCAUCAGCUGCUUUUUAAUGGGGACAACAAACCAUAUUUUAGUCAUCAGAAUUGUGUUGUUCAAAAUGUUCCAAUGACUGUUCGGAGACCUACUUAUAAGGAAGCUCGGCGUAUAUAUGAGCAAUUGACCCAAGUUGUUUAUGAACUAGAUGAAAAUGUAGCUCCACCAAGUUUCAAAGAGGACCCGCCACUUACUUCAGGUAUUAACAGCGACCUCAUCCCAAGAAUGAACAAAGUCGAUAUUGCUGACAGUUCAGAUUAUCGAGAAAAACCUGAAGCUUGCCUAGACAGUAGAAAGUCCAAUGAAUUCCCUAUAUCAAGUGACAGUGAUGGUGAGGAAAUAUGUUCGUCAACACCCUUGCACGAAGCAGCGCAGUCUGGAAAUACUCUUAAGGUUUUGGAACUAUUGGAACAGGGCCUGGAUCCUUGCAUCAAAAAUGAAAGGGGACUGACUCCAUACAUGCUAGCAAGUGAUAAAGAGGUCAGAAACACAUUUAGACGGUUCAUGGCCUCAAACCCGGAUAAGUGGGAUUGGAAUUCUGCUAAGGUACCUAGUCCAUUGACAAAAGAGUUGGAGGAAUCUCAAGCUGCUAAGCAGGCUGAAAAAGAUGCCAAAAGGAAAGCAAGAGCAAAAGAAUUGAAGAAAUUACGAAAAGAAAAAGAAAAGAAAGCUCAGGCUGAGGCUGCUGCUUCCCAAAAAGCUUCGACGUCUUCUAGUCUUAAGGGAAAGCCUCAACCUAGUUCUGGAUCACAUAUCUCUAAAGAGGAGGAACUGAAAAGGGCGCAGGCAGCUGAGAGGGAGAAAAGAGCAGCUGCUGCGGAGAGGAGAAGAGCAGCAGCUGAAGCUCUUAGCGCCCAAGGCAAUAGCAGUACUGUUACAACGAGCACUGUUCAGCCCAAGAGCGGGGAAGCUGGCGACAUUAACUGCUCCUGUUGUAAUGUAUCACUGGCUGGUAAAGUUCCUUUCCAUAGGUACAAUUACAAAUACUGCAGCACAUCAUGCAUGCAUGUGCACCGUGAGAUUCUUGAGGAUGAAUGACAUAGAAACUACUGGUGUCACUUUACUUUCAUGUUGCUACGUCAAUUACAAAGCAUUCAUUUCCGUCGUUCUGUAUCAUCUUGUUCCAUCAUUCUACAUUAUUGAAGUAAUUGAGGCCUUUUACC